AUGGUGGCUCCGGCCGCUGCGGGAGGAAACUCGACAGGCACCCAGCCGUCAGUAAACCGUCAACCCGCUCGCUCCUCGAGCACCCACCCGUCCCAUUCCCACAAUGUACCCUUGAGCGCUCGACGAUCCGCGCCCCUCGAUCUCUCGACAGUCGAACGACGAGGCCAGCCGAACGCACCUCGAGAACCGACGAAACGAGUUCGCCCUCAUAACGUGGAGGAGGCGCCUACAUUUCGUCCAACCGAGGAGGAAUUCAAAGAUCCUGAGGCCUACAUUCGCAAGAUCGCGCCGGAAGGAAGGAAAUAUGGCAUAUGCAGGAUUAUUCCGCCAGAGAACUGGCAACCACCGUUUGCCAUUGAUACAGAGCGAUUCCAUUUCAAAACUCGACGACAGGAACUAAAUUCGGUUGAAGGAGGAACUCGUGCAAACUUGAACUACCUUGACCAGCUAGCCAAGUUUCACAAACAGCAUGGUACCAAUCUAAACCGUUUCCCAAGCGUCGACAAGCGUCCCUUGGACCUGUACAGGCUGAAAAAAGCUGUCGAGGUCCGCGGUGGUUUCGACCAGGUGUGUAAGAUGAAAAAGUGGGCAGAAAUCGGUCGCGAUCUCGGUUACAGCGGCAAGAUCAUGUCCUCGCUGUCAACUUCGCUCAAGAAUUCGUACCAGAGAUGGCUGCAGCCCUAUGAAGAAUACCUACGAUUGGCGAAGCCUGGUGUGCAACAGCAGCUUGAGUUGGAGCAUGGCGGUCCUUACACACCUUCGCCGAACCACUCGCCGAUGCCAAAGAAUCCUACGCCGCUCGAAGCGGACACGCGGUCGGCAACACCCCAGGGCCCAAUGAUACCGCCUCCCGCAACCACACAGAGCGCUCCGAAGGAACUUUCUGCGACGCCUAACAAGAACCCAACUCCACCAGUCGAUCCUACACCGCCCCCUCGACCAAUAACCACUGGAUUUACGCCUGUAAAUACUGGUGGAUUCACAGCCGUUAAUCGAUCGCCUUCAUUCAUCGCAGUAAAUAGCGCGCCUCCGGAUGCGACACCGGUUUCAAAUGGUCACGGGGCACAAACGAUGAAGCGCGCAAUUAGCACCGAAAGUGGGUCUCAGGCGGAGGCGGGAGAGUUGGAUGCGAACGGGAGAAGAAGCAAGAGAUUACGAAAGGAUGCCCCUCUGCCCACAAUUGCCGGCUCACAGAUGACUUCUCUUCGGCCAGCCCCCCCACGAUCGAGGAAGAGUGACGCCCGUAAAUUUGGUGAUAAAUGCGAGACUUGUGGCAAAUCGGAAGACCGAAACGCAAUCCUUGUGUGCGACAGCUGUGACAACGGCUACCAUCGGUAUUGCUUAGAUCCUCCCCUUCAUCACAUCCCGGAAUUUGACUGGCACUGUCCGAAGUGCUUGGUUGGAACCGGAGAGUUUGGGUUCGAGGAGGGCGGUGUUUACUCCUUGAAGCAAUUCCAAGAAAAGGCGAAUAACUUCAAGAAGAACUAUUUCUCAGGGAAACUGCCUUUUGACCCUGUUCUCAAUACCCACCGGCGUGAAUCCGAAGAUGAUGUGGAGAAGGAGUUCUGGAAGCUGGUUGAGAAUCUGACGGAGACGGUCGAAGUUGAAUAUGGUGCCGAUAUUCACUCAACCACCCACGGCAGUGGUUUCCCCACCAUUGAGCGAAACCGCCUUGAUCCAUAUUCACAAGAUCCGUGGAAUCUGAAUAAUCUUCCAUUCCAUGGUGAAUCUCUGUUCCGUCAUAUCAAAUCGGAUAUUUCAGGCAUGACUGUCCCGUGGGUCUAUGUCGGUAUGUGCUUUUCGACAUUUUGCUGGCAUAACGAGGAUCAUUACGCGUAUUCCGCCAACUACCAACACUUCGGAGCCACCAAGACUUGGUACGGAAUCCCAGGAGAGGAUGCCGAGAGGUUUGAGGAAGCAAUGCGAGAGGCCGUUCCAGAGCUCUUUGAGGGCCAGCCUGAUCUGCUUUUCCAACUCGUCACUUUGAUGCCACCCGAUAAGCUAAAGGCCGCCAAUGUCCGCGUCUAUGCUCUUGAUCAAAGGGCCGGACAAUUCGUCAUCACCUUCCCUCAGGCCUACCAUGCUGGCUUCAACCACGGGUUCAAUUUCAACGAAGCAGUGAACUUUGCUCCUGUGGACUGGGAACCGUUUGGUGCCGCGGGUGUUGAUCGCCUGCAGGCUUUCCGGAGACACCCAUGUUUCUCUCACGAUGAACUACUCUUCACGGCAGCCGCCCGAGAUGCUUCGAUUUCCACUGCCAAAUGGCUUGCUCCAGCCCUCCAAAGGACCACCCACCGGGAAAUAGGCCAACGGGAAUCAUUCGCUAACCGCCACCGCGAUGCCGCGCCUCAUAACUGUACUCUGUUUUCUGCAGACCCUGCAGUUAAAGGUGAUUGCCAGCUGAAGUUUGUGGUCGAGAACAAGGAUCUUCCCGAGGAUGAGUACCAAUGCCAUUACUGCAAGUCGUACAUAUUCUUGACACAAUUCCAUUGCAACAAGUCUGGCAAGACGCUCUGCUUGAUACACUUGGAUGCGCAUGAUUGCUGUGGAGAGCCAAUGUCGCAGAAGCUACUUGGACCUGACCACACAUUGCGUUACCGCGUGAGCGACGAUGAAUUGAAAGAUAUAAUUUCAAGGGUCCAAGAGCGGUCCAGGAUUCCGGAAGCAUGGGGCCAGAAACUCGAAAAUACUCUGGAAGAUGAGCCGAAGCCCCAAUUGAAGGUCCUUCAUAACCUACUUAGUGAAGGUGAGAAAAUCCCAUACCAUUUACCUGGUCUUGAAGAUCUUGCGGCCUUCGUUUCACGCUGCGACAAAUGGGUUGAGGAAGCAACCAACUACAUUACGCGAAAGCAGCAGAACCGAAGGAAGAACGAGAAGGCUUGGCGCAAGGCUACUUCCAAGGCCUCGCAGCUGGAAGAACGUGACCGUGAAGUUCGCAGGGUAGAAAACAUCUACGCCCUUCUAGCAGAGGCUGAUAAACUGUCAUUCGACUGUCCACAGAUGGCGGCUCUGGAAGAGAAAACCCGCGAGAUCGAGAAAUUCCGCCAGGACGUUAAAGUUGCGCUCAUGAACCCCGCUCUCCGGUCCGUACAGGAAGUCGAGGAGCUUGUGGAGAACUCCCGGAAUUUUAACGUGGAAAUACCCGAGGUUGAGAGAUUGGAGCACAUAUUACGACAGAUGAAGUGGAAUGAGGAUGCGGCUCGGAGACGUGAUAAUUAUAUGAGCCUUAAGGACUGCCAGGAGCUCAUCCAGGCUGGCGAACAACUGGGACUCUCGGGGACAAACGAACACCUCUUGCAUUUCAAGGAAUUGUUUCGCCAUGGUGAGGCCUGGGAGGCGAAAGCUAAGGAGUUGAUGUCCGUAGAGGCGGUACACUACCAACAGCUGGAGGCUUUAUCUGCGCAGGCGUCUCGCUUUCCCGUCUCCCCAGAGACACUCGCAGCCGUAGAUGCCAUAUUGACCAAACAACGCGAAGCGCAGAAACGAAUACAGAGCCUUUACGAAAGGAGCAAGGACGAGAAUUUCAGGAACCGGCCCAAGUACAAGGAAGUGAAGGAACUGAUGGACUCCCUGGAGGAGCUGAACAGUCGGCCCACGGGCGCUAUCGACCUGGAGCGCGAGCAAAAGCGCCAUGAGGACUGGAUGCGCAAGGGGAAGAAGCUGUUUGGAAAGGCCAAUGCUCCUCUGCAUAUCCUCAAGUCCCACAUGGAGUAUGUCGAGAAGCGAAAUCACUAUUGCUUUGACCUGGAAGAUCGUUUCCGGCCGCCGGUUGAGCCUGCGUCAAGGGACAACAGCCCAGAUGGGCCCAAUUCGACUGCAGUCUUUCAACCAAUCUGGGGCAGCGGGCAAUCGAUGGCCAAGCGGGAUGUUUUCUGUAUCUGCAGACACUCAGAAGCUGGGAUGAUGAUCGAGUGCGAGAUUUGUCGGGAAUGGUAUCAUGGAAAGUGUCUGAAGAUAGCACGAGGCAAGGUCAAGGAAUGCGACAAGUACACUUGCCCAAUCUGCGACUGGCGACAGAAGAUUCCCCGUGACGCUGCUCGUCCGAAGCUGGAGGAUCUCCAAGACUGGCAAGCCGAGAUGGCUGGUCUUCCCUUCCAGCCCGAUGAAGAGCAGCUCCUCGAUAGCAUCAUCAACCAAGCGACUUCAUUCCGAGAAUUCCUGCAAAACUUCACCAACGCUGCAUGCACAACUACUGAAGAGGUCCCCACUUUGAUUUUCUAUCUCCGCAAGAUUGAGGGAGCCGAGGUCCUUCUUGCAUAUGAGACGAAUCUGUUCCGACAGGAGAUCCACAAGUGGCAGCCUGUCGCUCCAGACCCGCCACCAAUCCUCGAACAAUCGCUCUCAACCAGGAAGCCGCGGCCAACCAAGCAGCAGAAGAUCAUGGCCCAGCUUGGUGUGGAACGACCGGAAGAUCUCCCUGCUCAUCUCCGCCCGAAGCAGCAGAACUUAGCGAAGCGCAAGUCUAUUGACAAUACUCAGCCUGGUCGCCCGCCAAUUCUUCAGCCUGCACCUCAAACUCCUGGCGCUGGCUCUAAUGCAGGGCCAACGUUGACGCCGAGCGAUGCGCAAAAUGCUCCAUACCCGUUCUCCGCAAAUUACUCACUCCCCGCGAGCGACUCCACCCCCGCGUUUCCGCACGAGUCCUCGGCCUUCCUACCACAUGUUGGUGCUGAUUCACCGCCGUUCCCUACACGCUCUCCGACCCCUCCCGCUCACCAUGCUCUCAAUUCGGCACUGUUCAGUCCUCCCCGCUUUCCGCGAAAUACUGCAGGCGGACCGCCGGGUGUCGAUGUCGAUCAUUCAAAUCCAUUCGGCAGCAGCCCUCGGGCGAACCUCGAUGAUGUCUUUGCCGAUCUGACGAACCAAGAUGAUGGGGAGCCAGAGCAAGACCCAGAACCAAUGGAGAACACGCAUGCCAAUGAGGCCUUGGAGGCGCUCGUCGUCGGUCAUGACAGGGAAAGCUCUGCGACAGUGGCUGAAGGCGACGGUGAGAAAUCGCACGAGAUCAAUGGCCAUCCCGAGCCCGAAGCUGGCCUCAAUAAUUGA